UUUUGGACCAAUCAGAACUGAUUUCGAAACCUGGCGUUCAACAACAAUUGGAAGAAGAGCUCAGAAAAUAAUGGCUCAAAUUAAAAAACGGCGUAAAAUCCAAAUUUCGAAUCCGAAUCCGGUUUUUGAAAAUGCCUUGCAAUAUUUAAUUGAAUCAAAUGCCGAUGAUUUGGUAAUGGUCAAGAAAUAUGAAGAAUGUUUGUUGUCUUUGAAAAAAUAUCCGCUGAAACUGAAUAAUUUAAGUCACUGUAAAGUUCUGUCUGGUUUCGAUCAAACGGUUAUUGAUGCUAUGCAAAUGCAAUGGAUUACACCCAAAGCAGCAAUAUUGUCACCAAUAAGAUCAUCAGUGAUUCCUCCUAAACUCCAGACGACGAAGACAGAAUACGUUUUACCAAUCAGCGAAUCCAAGGAAAAUGAUCCGGACAUUGAAUUGGCCAAACAAAUAUCCAUGGAGAAUGUCUCUGAUGAACCCCCCAAACUCAAUUUCGAUGAGGAUGAAUCCGAUCCAGAUCUAGUUUUAGCCCGCCAAUUGUCUCAAGAAUGGAAUGGCGUUUCCACCGCCAUGGAUUUGCCACCAUUCAAACAACAACAAGAACAGCAAGAAGAGGAUCGGAUGUUGGCCUUGAAAUUGAAUCAGGACAACUACAUGAAUCGAUCCUGGUCGGCUCCCGAAGUUGGAUUACGAAGAGCUUCGUCUCAAUUUGAAACGGAGCUCGAAGGGGAAUUGACAUCCAAGCGAGUAUCCGGGGUAAUUGGUGGCUUUCGGAUCCCUGUGAUCAAUCCGAAUGAGGUCGAGAUCACACCUCCGCCAUCCUUGGCCAAAGAAAUAUCCCAAGCUGUCCCCAAGAGCAAGACCUCGCUCUCUGCUCGAGCGAAAUUAUUUUCUCAGGACCCCAUUUUGAGACGCGGAACUGAUGAUGGGUUUGACCUCGAUGAUGGAGAUGACUCGAUUAUGGCUCAAAUUGGACAGAACACAUCUAUUUCUAAACCGUGGGUGGAUCCUUCCAAAGUGGAAAGGAACUUUCACUCAAUCAGUGAUAGUGACGAGGAUGAGCCUGCAAUCUUGCCACCAAAGCCAUCCAGAUCCAAAAACCCGGUCAAAAGCGCCAAAGCGGUUAAAGGCGAGAAACGGAAGUGCUCCAAAAAGAAAACUGGGGUAGAAUUCAUCCCAGAAAGCAGCAUCCCCAAAUGGGUGAUGGAUCUAAGAUCCCCGCAAUUAAUUGACACUGAGGAGGAUAUUGGCCAGGAAGAUGAUCACCCAUCUGAAUUUACCCUUCCCUCCGGAGAAUAUGAAAUCGUGUUAAUUGUGGACUUUGCGGAGGUCACGGGUGGGGGAGGCGGAAAAGCCCGUGGAACAUCGAACAAAAAGGCCACGGCUUUGAAGGAGCUCACGGCCAACGGAGUGAGUCACGAGACUCGGAAAUUGCAUGUCGGGGACUUCAUUUGGAUUGCCAAGGAAAAAGUGACCGUGGAUCCGUCUCGUCUAAGUCAGAGAGAACCCCGGGAACUUGUCUUGCCUUAUAUUGUGGAGCGGAAGCGGAUGGACGAUCUCAAGAAUUCAAUCAUCGAUGGGCGUUAUAAAGAACAGAAGACGCGCUUGCGGGAUUGCGGCCUGCCCUAUCGAUGGUAUUUGGUGGAAGAGUUUAAUAAGAAGAUGAAAUAUUGGGCCAAUGGCGCCAACGGGCAAAAGUUCAACUUGCAAGCUCUUGAACAAGCCAUGGCCUCAACAUCCGCUGUCGAAGGGUUCAACAUCAAGCGAACGGAAGACCUGAAAGAGUCCGUUGCUUUUCUAACUUUGACCACCCGGUUUCUCCAAGAUAAGUACUGUCACGCCACCUUGCGGAGUUGGACCCACCAAGAUUUGGAUCUCAACAUUGUCCAUGAUGCCGAUCACGUCCUUCUCUCUUUCAAGGAGUUCAAUGACAACUCCAGGAAAAACAAGCCCCUAACCGUCAAAGAUGGAUUCACCCGAAUCCUUUGCUGCCAACAUGGCGUGACUUGGCCUAUGGCUUCGGCCAUUGCCGAUGAAUAUUCAACCUUGGCCAACUUGAUGGAAGUCUACGCCAAUUGUCAGAACUCGGAGGAGCGUGAGAACCUCCUUGCCGGUUUAUCGUUUGAAGGCGGGAAACGUUUGAUAAGUGCUCAAGUCUCCAAGAUCAUUUCGUGGUUGUUCAGCGAUGAACAAUUGAAAUAGAAUUUGACUCACCAAUCGCCAAAUCCAAAGAAUGGAUUCGUUCCUGGUCCAGAUCCGUAGCUGAAACCAUAGCCAAAUGCCCAAUACGUGAUUCCACCCAGAACCACAUCCACCACGUUCUUCAUCAUGAUGUUCACUUCAUUUUUUAAUGACACGCA